CAUAGUUAAUCUAUGACAUAAAAAUUCCCAGCGUCGUCAAAAUUCCUGUUCAACAUGUAUCUGAAAAUAAUCCUGAUCAGCAGAUUGUGUUGGGAAAUUUUAGAUGAGAACUCCAUCUUGAAGGGCGAAUGUAGCAACCUGAAUCAAUUCAGGAAGAACAUAAGGAAGUUAUACAAGGGGAUGAAGCUCAAGCAUUACGAGAUCUACUUCAGGUACUCCCUGAAUAAGUUCAUCAAGGUUUACGAUCAAUAUUCCUACAAGGUUUUCUUCAAUAUGGACGCGACCAAAGUUAUUUAUAUGUUUCUUCUGGACUGCGAUUCAUAUAUGCAAGGUACAAGAUAUUUCUUGAGUUGUCUGGACGCAAAAGAUCUACAGGAAGAAGAAUACGAAAAUAGGAGCAAAUACGACGUGGAAAUGAUGGAACCCGAUAUAGUCUGCAUGGACGAUGACGUAGAAAUACCCAUAGAAAAAGAACCAACCACAAGUGAAAUAAUUAAACACGCUAUAAGGCAUAUCGAACAAGACGAAUGUUUCAACAUGGAUAUGUUGCUGAGAUAUCGGAUGAUUUCAGCUCUCAAAGAAGGAUUCGAUCUGGAAAAAGACUCGCUCAUUACUUUCCCAUCGUCUGACAUCAAGUUCGAAAAGUUGCUGGCCCUCCAGAGGAAAGCAGAUAAGAGGAAAAGCACAAAAUAGGAAGACCUAAGAAAAU